AUGGCAGGAGCUUCUUCUUCUUCCAUUGUAUCAUUGAUCCCAACGGGACCUCAAGUGUUCAUCAAUUUUCGGGGAAAAGAUGUACGCAAAAACUUCAUCAGCUUUCUUGUGCCUGCCUUGAAAGAUAAAAACAUCAACGUGUUUAUAGACGAGCGAGAGGAGAGAGGCAAAUUCCUAAUCAACCUGUUUGAUAGGAUAGGCGAGUCAAAAGUCGCAUUGGUUAUCUUUUCCGAGGGAUACACCGAGUCGAAAUGGUGUUUGGACGAGCUAGUACAAAUCAAGGAAUGCAUGGAUCAAAAGAAACUCACAGUGAUUCCCAUCUUCUACAAGCUCGAUCCUACCAAAGUGAAAGGCCUUAGAGGAAAUUUCGGCGAUAAAUUCAGGGAUCUUGUAGAUAGAUAUCAACAUGAACCAGAAAGAUUCAAGAAAUGGACGGAAGCUUUGACUUCUGUUUCCCAAACGUUUGCCUUGUCCUUGUCAAAAUACAGUGACAAAUCCGAUAAAGAUUUCAUAAGAUCAAUAGUCAAGGAGGUUAGGAAAGUGCUGCCGGAUAUCUCCAAAGGAAGAAAUGAAGUAAUUAAUGACGAUCUCUCGCCUGCGGGAAGGAAACUCACUAUCACUAUGUACGAGGCACCAAAUGAUGAAGCCGUUGAAGUUUCGGUGCUGAAUGAACUCUACUGGAUAAACGACAUGACUGAAAAUUUACAUAUAAGAAAUCAGUCACCGGGACCAUCGUACGAGUUCAAAUUCUGGGUCCUCAAUAGACCAAAUGGUAAUGUUUUCAUGAUCAACGCAAGGGAUCUCUCAAUCGAGUGGUCGGAGAAUCCUGACCAUUGGACGUGGCUCCCUCUCCCGAACCAAAAUCCAAAUGAAUCAAUCGUCGAAAUUGCGUUUUUGAGAAAAGCUAGCUGGCUAGAUGUAGCCGGAAGGUUUGACACACGAUAUUUAUCCCCGAGAACAAGGUACGAGGUGGUUUUCGUGGUGAAGUUGAAUUACACCACAUUCGAAUGGGAGACACCGGUGAAGCUAAAGCUUGUCUUGCCCAAUAGUAAGGAGAAACCGCAAGAGCGGAGUGUGGACAUGGUAGAUUACAUGAGUAAUCAAUGGGUUGAUAUUAUGGUCGGCGAGUUCACCACAUCGAUAACAAACAUGGGGGAAAUAUCUUUUGCAUUGUAUGAACACGAGUGCCAACUGUGGAAAUCAGGGCUCUUCGUCAAAGGUGUUGUAAUUCGUCCUAAAAACUGA